AACGUCAGCUGACCCUCUGUGGAGCCUGAGCCCCACCGAGCGGACUUGUGCAGCUCGUUGGCUGUUGCUCCUGUCAUUUUGUGAAUGAUCGGCUAACGGACAUCAACCAACGUAUUUACGGCAAUCUUCAUCGGCAGGUCAUCGCCUUCGGAUCAUGUUGCGUCCAAAGCAAGGUUCAUCAUGGGUGCUGCUGUUUUUCGUUGUGUUGGCUGAAGCAGGUGUCCCUUCUAACCUGGACUUAAAGCUGCUGAAGGAAGUGACGUCCGAUCUGAGAAAAAACCAAGCCAUCGCCCCGUUCGUCAUGUCCUCGCUGAUGACUCAGGUCUGGCUAGGAGCCAGGGGCGGCACCAAAAACGAGAUGACCCCAGUACUGGGACUGAGCGGGCCCAGCGACAGGUCUUUCCUGCCGGCCUACAUGUCUGCCAUCGACGAGCUCUCCAGCGGCUCCAGGGACGUCACCACCGCCGUCUUCAACCGCAUCUACCUCCGCAACGGCCUCACCUUCAAGCUCACCUUCAUGGCUCUCCUGCGGCAGUACUACGGCGCUGACAUCAAGACGUUCUCCUCGGAGGCGCGGGCGGCGGCCCAAAUCAAUGCCGAUGUGGCCAGGGUGACCGCAAACCGCAUCACGGACCUCAUCUCCGCUCAGGCACUGCGCGAAUCGGGGCUGGUGCUGGUGAGUGCACUUUAUUUUAAGGGCCAAUGGCUGAAGACGUUUAAGCGAACAGUCAAAGGCCCGUUUUUGACCGAUGCCGGUGAGAAGCAGGUCGAUAUGAUGAACCAGUACACGGUGCUGCCCUACAUCAAGAAAAAGACGUUUGAUGCCAUACCGCUGCCGUACAAGGAUGAAGACUAUGUCAUGUUACUUCUUCGUCCCCUGACGCGUGAUAUGGCUGCUGUCAGACGUCUGCGCAAUUCUCUGGGCUACCUGGAUAUCGCUGAUAUCAUGCGACAGCUCAACAGGCGGCAGCGUGUCCGUGUUGGCAUGCCUCGCUUCAAGAUCACGGCGGACUAUUCGCUGAAACGCACCAUGAAACGUCUAGGGAUCAAGAAAAUAUUCCUCCCUUGGGCCGAUUUCGGGAACAUCAGUGACGAGAGGCUGGAAGUCAGCGAGAUCGUACACAAGGUAUUCAUCGAAGUUACGAAGGAAGGCACCGAGGCCGCCGGGGCAGGGGCCGUGGUCUUCAGACGCAGGAGCAGUGCGGUACGGCGGACGCCGCGUAUUGUCCGUUUCACUUUGGAUCGACCGUUCUUUGCAGUUCUAUGGCACAAAAAGCACAAGAUCAACCUAUUUUCGGCAUACGUUGCCUCGGCCGUAGGCCUGUCACAUGCGAGAGGAACGUCACUCCCCCACAGUCGUGGUACAGCAUGGCUGAUCGGACCGUCCGGCCAAUCACGGGGGCGAAAAACGCUGACGUCACUAAGGUUAACCCGAGGUGCCCGAUCUGUGCCGGGCCCAAGCCAAUAAAACUGACAUCAC